CGCCCACAGUGACCCACUCAACCGCGAGUGCUAUUUAUAUUUCUCCCUAGGGAACUUUCAUAAAAUUCAUCUCGCUCGCUCCUUUUCUACCUCUUCCUCCCUCCUUCCUUCAACCUCUCUCGUUCACCACCCACUGUCGUUUACCACAACAGCCGAUCGCUACAUAUUGACUCUUCUUCCGUCUGUCUUAAUCAACAUCUUCAAUUGUACCAACUUUCGAACGAUUACUUAAUACCGUCAACAUGCGUUUCACCAGCUUCAUCCUUUCUGGUCUCGUCGCCGCUGUCUCCGUCAGUGCACAAACACCAGUUCAGUCUCAGUCUCCUGCUGAGGUCUCCAAGGCGGCAUGUUUGGCUGCUUGUGAGUUGCCAAAUUUUGAGGUGUGAGAUCGAGGACAAUUUCUAAUUCUCAAUAGGCUCUCCAACCGAUCCUAACUGCAGAGCCAAGUGUGUUGUCCCAGUCGCCGAUGAGGUCGCUCUCACCAACUCCCGAAACGCCUGUAUCGCAGCUUGCCCACAAGGUGAUGGAAGUGCCUCCGCCAACUUGGCUUACCAAACAUGCCAAACUGCAUGCCGCAUUGCAACUGUAGCCACUGCUACUCUCACCAACAACCCAGCUACCAUCCCAGCCCCUACCGGUGCGGCCACCGGACCUGCCACCCCUGGAACCGCUGUUAACACUCCUGGGUCUUCCCCAUCUGCUCCUGGAUCUCCAAGCCCUUCUCCAACCGGACCAGCUGCUUCAUCCGGUACCUCCGCUUCCAGCAGCGUCACCCGUGUCGCCUCUCCCACAGCCGGAUGUAAGUUUCCUUCAAAUUGCCCAUUAUCAAAUUAUACAGAUACUGAUAUUAAUCUAGCUCCAACCUCUGCUGGAACUGCCGCCGCUUCCUCUUCUGCUGCUGCAGCUGCAGCAAACUCGCAAGUCGGCUACUCCAUGGCCGGUCUCGCCGCUAUCGCUGCUGUCUUCGCCUUGUAAGCGUUCCAACUGUUAAGAAUCACGCCUAGUUACGAAAAAUAUGGUGGAGGUAAUGCUUGGGAAUGAAAAAUGUGUGGGAAUGGAGGGGGAGUUCAAUGGAAGGCAAACAGGAUCAUCUGUUAGGUACUACUCCGAUAUGGAAUCCGGCCAGCUCCCAAGUGAGUAACAUUGCUGGUUGGAUGGUGGGAACUUUCUUGGCCAGUUUGUUGAAUGUAAAUCCAUUGAACUCGCUCAUGACUUUUUUGCUUUACUGGAUAUGGAAGAACCUUGCUUAAGUUACAUUGCGACCGUGUACUAAAAAUAGCUUGAAGUUAAUGUUAAUAAUUUUGAUCAUAUGUCGAUACA